GCCCGCCCUGCUCCGGACUGGCGCUCCCAGCGCAGCGCGGCUGCUUUGGGGCUGCUGCUCCCUGCCCGGCCCCGGCCAUGGGGCGAGGGGCGGCAGCUGGGGCCCUGCUGGUGGCACUGGUGGUGCUGGGAGCACCCCCGGCUGCGGGCACGGAGCUCUCGGCGGUGUUUCUGCACAUGGGAAGGCAUGAGUGUUACUUCAUUAACGGCACGGAGAAGGUGAUGUCCGUGCAGAGGUACAUCUAUAACCGGGAGACGUACGUGGUGUUCGAAAGCGACGUGGGGGUGCACGUGGGGUUCACCUCCUAUGAGGAGAGGUUUGCCAGGGAGAUUAACAGCGACCCGAAAUGGAUGGUGGAACAACGGACUGCGGUGGACUGGUACUGCCGGGGCAACUACGAGGUGAUUCGCCCGUUCACUGUGGCGCGCCGAGUGCCCCCCAGCGUGUCCAUCUCGCUGGUGCCCCCGUCGAGCUCCCAGCCCGGCCCCGGCCGCCUGCUCUGCUCCGUGAUGGAUUUCUACCCUGCUGCCAUCCAGGUGAGGUGGUUCCAGGGCCAGCAGGAGCUCUCGGAGCACGUGGUGGCCACCGACGUGGUUCCCAACGGGGACUGGACCUACCAGCUGCUGGUGCUGCUGGAAACCCCCCCCCCCGGCGCGGGCUCAGCUACAGCUGCCAGGUGGAGCACGUCAGCCUAA